UCUUGCAUCACCCCCCCCCCCUCUGGAUGUGCUUCUGGAACCUUGAGUAUCGCUUCUUCGGCUUCUUCGUCUGACGCGACUGCAGACCCAAUAUUGUGGACCACAGCUUUCCCCAUCUCGCAGGCCAGGGUCCAGUAAACUCGCUCUUACAUCGCGAGUUGCUUCCAAGCACCGGAACGGUCCGCUGCAUCAGAUCACCCCGUUAGCCCGUCACCGUCAAGCCGAGCCUAGCACACCGUCACCACCAACGGUUCUCACCAUCCCGGCUCUGGUGCCUCACCGUUGUCCACUGCCCCCUUCCCCCCUUACUCUCGCGUGGGAAUAACGUCACCGGUAUUCCACCCGCAAGACCUAGAAGCCUGCGAGGCUGCGAGCUUGUGACGGGGUCACCAGAAGAGCGCCUGCACUAGCCGACGCCUCCUUUGCGCCUCUCAGCGUAUAAAAACCCACCAGCAAGGCGAAACCAAGUUUUUGUUGGGAGACACACACAAGCGGACUUCCGAAAUGGCCCAACAGGAUACCUUCCAGUAUGCCAUGAGCUCGAACGGAGCGUGGGCAGGCUACAAGGCGUACCAGAACCCACAAUUCUUCCCAAAGCUGGCGAGCGGGCAAGCACCCCAGAUCCUGUGGCUCGGAUGCUCCGACUCCCGCUGCCCGGAGACGACGAUCCUGGGCCUGCAGCCGGGCGACGUCUUUGUGCACCGCAACAUCGCCAACAUCAUCUCGGCGACGGACAUCAACACGUCGGCGGUGAUCGAGUACGCGGUGGCGCACCUCAAGGUGAAGCACGUGGUGCUGUGCGGGCACACGUCGUGCGGCGGGGCGGCGGCGGCGCUGUCCGACUCUCGGGUGGGCGGGGUGCUCGACACGUGGCUGACGCCGCUCAAGGCGGUGCGGUACGCGCACGCCGAGGAGCUGGCGGCGAUCCGGGACGACAAGGAGCGCGGGGUGCGCAUCGCCGAGCUCAACGUCGAGGCCGGGGUCAAGGUGCUCAUGGCCAACUUCACCAUCCAGGAGGCCAUCCGCGACCGCGGGCUCGAGGUCCACGGGUGCCUGUUCGACAUCAGCUGCGGCAAGGUCAGGGACCUUGGCUUCGGCAACACAAAGGCCAAGGCCAACGGUCACCGCAGCCCCGGACCUGACGAGAUCAUCAGGGGCAACCACGCGACGCUGGUCUUCCGCAGCGGCGGUCAGGGAGCCUCCAUGACGGGGCGAUAGAGAUAGAAGAGCGAUGGAGAUGCUUGCUUGCGCGUGUGUUUUAUGAUUUAUUAGCUCUGGUUUUCUUUUUAUUGUUUCUUGUGCCUGGCGUUCAAACAUGUGCAUGGGGCGAAUGACCUGGGCCGGACGAGCCCUCGAGUCGUGGGGCCCCUCGGGGGGACCCCUUGGCGGACGGAUUGGGCAUGAUAUUUAUGCGCCUUGGGGGGCGGAUGUGUUUGGAUGUGUUUGGAUGUACUCAAAAGAAAGCGUCAGUUGCAUCGCGAGACCAGCGAAGAGGCACGAUCCGUCAUCAUGUGUAUUCAAACAAGAGCGUGGCGUGGGAGCCUUGCAGACUGAUCGAAUG